AUGCAGAAGGCUCUGUGUGCAGCCCCAGACCUGGGUACCUUCGUCACCGUCCUCACCCCGCCUCCGGGUGUGCAGAUAGGGAGCAGGUCUCCUGUGUUAUGGCCCAAGCAGGGCUGUUGGGACACUGAGAACAUUCCCUCCUCCCGCAGGAGAGAGAGGUCCAAGGUGCCCUACAUCACGCGCCAGUGUGUGGAGGAGAUCGAGCGCCGAGGCAUGGAGGAGGUGGGCAUCUACCGCGUGUCCGGAGUGGCCGCAGACAUCCAGGCACUGAAGGCAGCCUUCGACGUCAAUAACAAGGACGUGUCGGUGAUGAUGAGUGAGAUGGACGUGAACGCCAUUGCAGGCACGCUGAAGCUGUACUUCCGUGAGCUGCCCGGGCCCCUCUUCACUGACGAGUUCUACCCCAACUUCGCAGAGGGCAUCGCUCUUUCAGACCCAGUUGCAAAGAAGAGCUGCAUGCUCAACCUGCUGUUGUCCCUGCCUGAGGCCAACCUGCUCACCUUCCUUUUCCUUCUAGACCACCUGGAAAGGUAGCCCAGCUCUCUUGUGGCUGCCCAGGAC